AUGCCGUCUGCAUCUAACCAUGGAACGCCAAGAAUGGUUGGUGGACUAAUAAAUACUCCACUUGCGAGACACAUUAAUGCAAAAAAAGUUGUUAACCCAGUGAUUCAAUCCUUUAAAGUUGCCCAUCAAAGAGUUAACAUCGAUAUUGACCUAUCUAGCAAUAGUAUUGAUGGGUUUACAGAAUUGACAGUCAUACCUACAUCGAAUAAACUUAAAGUGAUAAAGUUGGAUUGUCGUGAGAUGGAAAUAAAAGAUGUUUUGAUUAAUGGAAGUAGGUCAUUGAAUUAUGUAUAUGACGAUUUAUUAUACAUCAACAACCCCGAGUAUUUUGAGCACUGCAUCGACUCUAAAGUCAUAAAUGUUAUGGACUUGUACUCCGAUACAUUCAAUGUACAUCAGCACCAUCUAAUACGGUCUAAAUUGGAUUACAUCUUUAAGAAUCCCAAGCACGACGAAGAGAGUUUGGACUACAACACCCAGGAACUUAAGAUUCUUUUGCCAGACAAUAUGAAGUUUGAGUUGACCGAUAUCAAUUCUAUACAAACACCAAGCGGAACUAGUCAUCCAGGGACUACUACGCCCCUGCAUCUAAAAUCCAAGGGCACGGGAAACGAGUACUACUACACACCUAUACAGUUAAAGGUUGUUUACAAAGUCAAGAAUCCACAGAAUGGAGUCAAUUUUGUUACAAACGAAGACAUUGAAAAGAAGCUCUGGCAUGCAUAUACAACAAACUCCAACUACAACGUUUCCACGUCAUCAUGGGUCCCCUGCAUUGAUGAUUUGUCUAGCAGAUGCACAUGGUCGUUGGAAGUAAAUAUUCCGAGAACACUCAAAGACAUUGGAAAUCCACGAAUGAUAGGAUCCAAGGAAGCGUUAGAUUAUCAACAAAUGAGAAGAAAGCGAUCAGGCGAGGCUAUACAAAACUUUGCCCAGCAAAAUAAUGAUAGUGAUGAUGAUGAUGAUGAUGACGAGGAUAUUGGCAACUACGACAUGGUUGUUCCAUCUGGUGAUUUCAACAACGUCAAGGAAACGCCACACCCCAUUGAUUUGUCGAAAAAAGUUGUGUCGUGGUCUAUAUUCAAUCCUGUUUGUGCCCAUCAUGUAGGCUGGGCCGUGGGAUGUUUUGAAAGCUUUGUUCUUUCUGAUGAGUCAGCUGGGGCAAAAGAGGAUGAUGAGGAAGAUACGGUGCUAAGAGGUGACGAUGCUGAGAAUGUGAAUAAUCCAGUGACAAUCUAUUCACUUCCGGAGGACGUUGAGUGGGCAAAAAACACUAGUAUUAUCACCAACAAGGCGUUGGAUUUCUUUCUGAAAGAGUAUGGGUCGUUCCCAUUUAGUUCUUAUGCCAUAGUAUUUGUGCGGUACCUGCCGUGCCAAACCAGUAACUUUGCUGGACUCUCGGUAAUGUCAUCAAAGUUGUUGUACCCACCAGAUAUGAUUGAACCAAUGUUUACUGUAACUGAUAUACUAUUGAAAAGUAUAGCCACACAAUGGGCUGGCAUCAAUAUAUCGCCACAAACAUUCAAUGAUAUGUGGUGCACCAUCGGUAUUGCUGGGUUUAUGGCAAUCUCGUUUAUCAAAAAAUUGAUGGGUGCUAAUGAAUUUCGGUAUAGGCUACGCAAACAAAUGGAUAAGGUGGUAGCUGAGGAUGUGGGGCGACAUGCUAUUGCAUCCCAGCCAUUUAAGUACCCUGUUUCGGAAGACGAUUUAUCGUUUGUGUGGUUGAAAUCGCCCAUUGUUUUAUUUAUUCUUGAUAAUAGAAUGACAAAGACCGACAAGUCAUUUGGGUUGUCGAGGGUUUUGCCAAAGUUAUUUCUUCAGGCAAUGUCAGGAAGUUUACCCAACGGCACAUUGAACACAGAACAUUUCCGUUACGUCUGUGAAAAAGUGAAUCGAAACAAGUUGGAAAAUUUCUUCAAGCAAUGGGUGUUUGGUGCUGGGGCGCCUGUUUUCCGAAUCAGCCAAAGAUUUAACAAGAAAAAGGGGAUGAUUGAAAUGAAUAUCCGUCAGGUCCAGCACCAUGAAAGGACACCCAAGAAAUUGGAUAGUUCUAGUUUUAUUGGUGAUGCAGUUGCCUACUUGGACAACGAACCGCUACCACCGCAACAACAUGUGUUUACUGGCCCUAUGACUAUAAGAGUGCAUGAGUCUGAUGGGUCACCUUACGAGCAUAUUGUCGAGUUGAAAGAAGCAAACACCAAAUUGGAUAUUCAAUACAAUUCAAAGUUUAGAAAGAUUAAAAAGAAGGAUGAUGGAGUUGAUCCUGGUAUAGCGUUUAAUCAAUUUGGUGAUGUGUUACUAUCCCAUGCCGAGAUGCAAGAGUGGAAUUUACGUGAUUGGGAUAAAAGAGAUGAGGAAUCUUUGAGUAGUGAGCCAUUUGAAUGGAUCAGGGGCGAUGUGGAUUUCGAGUGGAUCGCUCGAAUCGACAUUAAGCAGCCGGAUUUUAUGUUUGGAUCGCAGUUGGUCUAUGAUCGAGACAUUGAAGCACAAUUAGAGGCUGUGCGGUAUUUUGGUGAGUUAGAGAAAACAAACACGACGUACUGUACAGCUUUAACGAGAACAUUAAUGGAUGACCGUUAUUUUUAUGGAGUUAGGAUUGCUGCUGCACAGGCUUUAGCUGAUUGUUCAAAUGAAGCAAACAAUUUUAUUGGUUUAGAGUACUUGCUCAAGGCAUUUGGCAAGUUGUAUUGUUUUGACGACAGCUUUAUUCCAAAAUCAAAUGAUUUUAGUGAUUUUAGGAGCUUUAUGUUGCAAAGUGCAUUCCCUCGAAUUUUGUGUGGCGUCAAAGAUAAUGACGGUAAAGUUCCCAAAAGGAUACAGAAUUUGUUGCUUAAUCUAGUGAAAUUCAAUGACAACUCGAUGAACGCGUUUGUCGAUAGUCUCUAUGUGAGCGAGUUGGUCGUUUCGCUAGUUACCAGUACUGUCAGUGGAUGGAGGAAUGACAUUGAAGAGUACAAUGAUACUGAAUUUGCUGGGAAAGUACUGUCCGAACUUUUUAGACUCCAAAAGUUGGAUCGUUGGAUACCGUCUUACCAAAACAUUAUUGAAGUAACAUGCAUACAGCAGAAUAUCCGAAUGGCUUUGGUUGGUGCUCGAAAAUUGUCGUUUGAAGAGUUGUUGUACAUGACAUUGGAUAAAUACCCCAUGGAGGCGAGGGUGGAAGCGUUUAGGGGUAUAUUGGAGUUGGGUGGAUUAAAAAACAAAAGCAUCUUACAGUACUUUCUUAAGGUUUGUUUGUUGAACUUUGAACGUCCACUAUACAGAAGCAAGUUGAUUGAGGCAUUGGUGAAGUCGGUGUCGUCAGUUGCAACUUACGGCGGUGUGUCUACUCUUGACGAUCCAGAAUUUCACACAAAAGUGGACACUAAUGUUAAAAGCUCCUCCAACCGUAUUAUUAUUGAUGAUGGAUCGCAAGAUAAUUUAGCGAUGAAAUCAAAGAGAGAUGAUAUGGCUCGUGCAAGUAUAAAGGGUGCCAUUGAGAUUUUGCGAAGAGACUUUUCUGAGGGCCAAGGUUUGCGUGAAACGUUGUGGGAGUUGCUUCACACAUCAUUGAUUGGUUUGCAUGAACGUAGAAGUAUCUUUUGUUUGUGCCAGGUGUUGUUCAAAGGGGUGGAUUCAUAUGUUGUGAAGUUGCCGGUUCCAAGUAUGCCAGUUGAAGAGUAUGUUCGGAAAAAGAUUGUUGCCAAAGUUUCGAACUAUCCAGGACAAGUGACAAUCAAACGAGAAGGAAGAUUCAAGAUACAGUUGGCUACUCGAAAGUCUGUAAUAGCCAAGGUGAAGCUGGAAACAGAACACAAGCCAUUGAAGAUAUCACUAAAGCCUGUUAUUGAGGCUAAACAGAAGGCUGCAUCAGCUGUGCAUGUUGAUCCGGUUAUUCCUACAAAGGUCACUUUUAAGUUGCCUGGCCAUAGACUAGCUGGUUUUGCGAAAAAAGUGGAACUAGAUGGAACGUUGGUGACUAUUAAACUUGGACGUGAUAUGAAAUCAAAAGUGGAUGCGUUGGCCCAUCGAUAUGUGAGAAUAAAUACAAAGAGGAGAAAAAUUGAGGUAUCAAAGGUUCCAUUUAUUGAAAAAGAAGAGGGGUCUAACACUUCUGGUAUAACUGAGGUAAGUCGGAAUACUGGAGAGAAAGAAGACGCAAAAAGUCCAUCUCCUAUUCUUGUCAAAAAGGAGAAAAAGAGACCUAAAGUUUACAUUCAUUUUGGUGGAAAUGUGAAAAAACCUGACCAAGGUAGUAGUAGUAGCAGCUCUAAAGAGGGUUCAACAGAAGUAGAAUGA